AUGGUCAUCACGGUGCCGGGCAUCGAAGUGGUCGAGGACGACAAGGAUGCAAAGGCCACCAACCGCAAGCCGAACAAGCGAAAGGUCCCCAAGGACUUCGAGGAGGCUCCGGACGAGGAUGCCAAGACGACCGAGAAGGACAAGAAGGGCAAGACCGAGAAGGACAAUAAGAAGGAACCCGCCAAACCCAAGGCAAAGGCCAAGGCAAAGCAGGAGGGCACGGUCAAGGAGGCAGAGGCCGCCGCCAGGACGGUGGUGCUGCAGAUCCAACGUGCUUCGCAGACCGUGGAGAGGUUGCAAGCGGCCCUGCAUGGCGAGCAGUGGGCAGCCCCGCUCAUGAAGGAGUUUGACUCCCUGCAGGCGGCCUUGAAGAUGCAGGUCACGCCCACGGACGGGGACGACCUCGGCGAGUUCGUGAGCGAGCUGAAGCUUGCUGUGUUUUCGGGGACCGGUGCCAGCAGCACCAAGACCUUGAAGAAGGACUACAAGGAUCGCUACCUCCCGCUGCUCACCAUGUUCAAAGAUCGAUGCCAAGGUGCUGCCCAGCAGAUGCUGGACCUCGCCAACAAGAUGGACAACAUGUUCAAAGCCGUUUCGAUGGAGGCCGACGCCAACCCCAAGGGUUCCAGGAAGUCGGCUCUGAAGAAGAGGACCCGGAGCGAAAGUAACGUAGGCGGCUCCUUUUCGUCUGUCUGA